GAAAGAGUAAAACCUGUGCUUCUCUUCACUAAAUUUUUUCUAAAGCUUAAAUUUUCACUUUAAUGGGCAAGGUUUCUAUGUGGUUUGGUGGAGUGUUUUAUGCUUUAAUUGUUUGGGGUGGAGGGGUUGUUAAUGGAGAAAAUGUGAUGUUUUUCAUAUUUGGUGAUGAAGUUAAUGAUGUUGGCACCAAUAAUUACAUAAUUUCAAGUAAGGAGUUUCAGGCUAAUUAUUAUCCUUAUGGCAUAGAAACCUCCUGUGGCUCAACUGGUCGACUUUGUGAUGGCCUACUUAUACCAGACUACAUUGCUGAAUUUGCAAAUCUGCCUUUCAUUCCACCAUACUUGGAACCAAACGCCAAUUUUUCAUAUGGAGCCAACUUCGCAUCCGGAGGAUCAGGGGCUCUUAGGGAGACAAAUGAUGAGGAGGUUUUGAGUUUGAGAACACAAGUUGGUCAAUUCAUCUUGCUCCAAGAGAAACUUCGAAGAGAAUUGGGGAAUUCCAAAGCAAAAAAAUUAAUCGCUGAAGCUGUUUAUUUCAUUAGUGUUGGAAUUAACGAUUAUAAGGCAUUUGUCAACCAAUAUGAGGCUCGAACACAAAUAUAUGAUGCUAAAGAAUAUGUUGAACUUGUAACAAGCAAUUUAACUGCAGAAAUUCAAGUACUAUAUGAUAAUGGAGCCAAAAAAUUUUUAGUAGCACUACCAAAGGAUCUAGGAUGCACUCCUGGCAUGCGUCAACUAGCUGAAGGCGAUUGCUACAAGUUGGCUACUAAUAUUACUGAACUCCAUAAUGAGAUUAUGGAGAAGAUCUUGACUGCCCAAGCCACCAAAUUAGAGGACUUCAAUUACAUCAUCUUUAAUCAAAUGGAGUUUGUUGCACCCAGGAUCCAAGACCCAACAAAAUAUGGAUUUAAAUAUGGAGACAUAGCAUGCUGUGGAUCUGGUCCAGAUCGACGGUGGGACACAUGUGGAGGAAAGCUCAAUGCUGAAUCAUAUGAACUUUGUAUUAACCGCUCUGCAUAUGUGUAUUUCGACGCUUAUCAUGUUUCACAAGGUAUAAACAAGCAAGCAGCCAUAGCACUAUGGGAAGGAAAUGACUCAUCUGUGAAGCCUCUUGCUCUAAAAGAAUUUUUCAAUAGGGAGGUUUCAGUUUCACAUGUCAGCCAUGAGAGGAAAAGGAAGGCCAAAAUUGCUGCUAUUGUGGAACACGCCUCGUCUUAGUCCUCGUCCUAAUGAGGGUCCUUGGUGGCUAGCGUUUGAGCAAAUCCUCUUCGGUGCGAAUAUAAAGGUCCAAGGCCUCAAGUUGGUGCUAGUUGCCUACUUAUAAUAGUCUUUUAGGGUUUUCCUCUCUCCUUUACUACCUAAUGACCUUUGUUUGAGUCUCAUAUGUUUGCCUAUGUUUUACAUAUUUAAAGAAUAAAGGUUCUUAUGAUGUUUAUUUACUA